GUCCUUUCAGAGUUCCGGGUGUGAGUAAACAGCUCGCAACCCGAGUUGCCUCGCCUGAAAAAUGUCUAAAGUAACGUUUAAAAUCACGUUGACGUCGGACCCCCGGCUCCCGUUCAAAGUAUUAAGUGUCCCAGAAAGCACGCCGUUCACAGCAGUUUUGAAAUUUGCGGCAGAGGAGUUCAAGGUGCCAUCAGCCACCAGCGCCAUCAUCACCAAUGACGGAAUUGGAAUCAACCCUGCGCAGACAGCAGGCAACGUGUUCCUAAAGCACGGCUCGGAGCUGCGCAUCAUUCCCAGAGACCGAGUGGGAGGACGAGGAGACAGACGCCGCUCGUCUCCGCCGAGGAGACCGUGAUUCAGCCACGCCUCGUGUCCUAUUUAUGUACUGCUCUACAGUGUGUUUGUGUGCGUGUCUAUACACUUACAAUGACACACUGCAUGCUGCCCAUUUUUCAUCCCUCAGUAAGUGUAUGGAAACAUCGACAUUUUUAAACCUUGUAAAUGACAAUAAAACACCAUUCACAUGACACGCAACACUAUCUUACUUUUUGGACCAAAUUUGGUAGUUUAAUUACGCGUUCCGGCCACAAGAACCUCGGCCCAGAACUUUUAGAGGACCAUUGUGUGUUUCGGAACUUUUGUCAAAAUGUAAAGAUCCACGAACCAGUGGUUCUACUAAUAAAAUAUAUAUAUAUAUAUAUAUGUAUAUUUAACCACAGACAAAUGUAACAAGGAUUUAUCAUUGGUCAUUUGGACUCUGUCAAUUUUUUUUUUUUUUUUUUAAACAAGCAAAAUGUUGAAAUGGGAUUGGUUAAUUCUGAACUGCUUAUAAGAGGGUGUGCACACUUGUGCAGCCAGUAUCUCAGUUUAUUUUUACUUCCCCACUCAAAAAGAUUUUUAUUUUCAAUUGAGUUUGUCUUAUGCUUGGAAAAGUUUUGAAAUGAUUUAUCUUGGUCUCAAUGGUUUUGUUUUAAUUUUGCAAACACCUGGCAUUUGAACAGGGGGUGUGUAGACAUUUUAUAUCCACUUUAAAGUACCAAGAACUAAAAGUCCCUGAAACUUCAAGUGGAAAUCCAGCUUUGAAUGAAGAAGAAAAAAAAAAAAGUCAACGUCAUACUUUUACACCCAUAAGGAAGUAGAAGCAU